AUGCAUCAACGCGGCCUCGUCGCCCUUGCGGCCAUGCUGGCUUCUAUACCCGCUGCCCACAGCAUGUACAACAAGAAUUCGCCCGUUCUUCAAGUCACUUCCAAGACGUACAGUUCCCUGAUUGCGCAAUCAAACCACACUUCGAUUGUCGAGUUCUACGCUCCUUGGUGCGGUCAUUGCAAGAACCUCAAACCGGCCUACGAAAACGCCGCCAAGAAGCUAGAUGGUCUUGCCAAAGUCGCUGCCGUAGACUGCGACGAUGACGCAAACAAGCAGCUCUGUGGUGCCAUGGACGUAAAAGGCUUCCCCACACUCAAGAUUGUUCGCCCUGGCAAGAAAGCAAAUGGCAAGCCCGUCGUGGAAGAUUAUCAAGGCCCUCGUACCGCCACGGGCAUUGUUGAGGCCGUCGUUAGCAGAAUCAACAAUCAUGUUGCGCGGGUAUCAGACAAGGAUUUGGACAAGUUCCUGGAGAGCGAUAAGCCCAAGGCCAUCUUGUUCACCGACAAAGGCACGACGAGCGCUCUGUUGCGCAGCAUUGCCAUUGACUUUUUAGACGUCAUCACCGUGGGGCAGGUCCGCGACAAGGAAAAGAAGGCGGUUGACAAGUUUGGCAUUGCGAAAUUCCCCACGUUGGUACUUGUUCCCGCUGGGACUGAUGCGAAGCCUAUUGUCUACGAUGGAGAGCUUAAGAAGAAGGACAUGGUGGAGUUUUUGAAACAGGUUGGGGAACCAAACCCUGAUCCUGCGCCGCCCAAGGCCAAGGGCAACAAGAAGCCUAAGAGUUCCGAAAAGCCCGACGAGCCCGAGCAGUCGACCGAGUCUCCAAAGGACGAUGCGACGGCAAAAUCCACCGGUGCAACUCCUGAAGUCAUUGCCAUCACCACCAUUGCCACAAAGGACACCCUUGCUGAAAAAUGCCUCCACUCCAAAGCCCACACAUGCAUCCUGGCUUUCAUCCCCAGCGAUGCCUCUGAAAAGGGAGACAAGGUCACAGCGUCCUUGUCACAAAUUAAUACCAAAUACGUCUACGGACACCGCCAGCUUUUCCCCUUCCUCGCCAUCCCCAGCAGCGUCGAGGGAGUUGAUGUCAUCCGAAAGUCGCUUGAUCUGAAGGCCGACGUGGAACUCAUUGCUGUCAAUGCCCGGCGUGCCUGGUGGAGACACUAUGAGGGCGACUUUGGCGCCGAAAGCGUCGAAUCUUGGAUUGACGCUAUUCGCAUGGGUGAGGGUGCCAAGAAGAAGCUUCCCAAGGAGAUUAUUGUCGACAGUGUUGAAAAGGCUUCAUCUUCAUCAUCUGCCUCGGCCAAACCAGACGAGGAAGCUGCCCAGGAAAAGCCAGCUGAUGAAGUCAAACAUGAGGAGCUUUAG